AUUUUUGUGCAGUUUCGUGUGCAACAAAGUACCGAGCUCGGCAGCUAGCGAGAAGGGAAAAAAAACCGGUCUGUAAAGACUGUUGACCUUCUAUCCGUUUUCAAACUAAACUCGUAUUGGAAGUUGGAUUACAAACGGAACUAUCGCGACUCAAACCUCUGACGUCAGUUUGGACGCUUUUGUGGAAGCGCAAGGUGCUUUUUUCCCUAAUAACGCUAGUUAGCUAGCUAGCUAGCUGGAGCAGAGGGGAGAACCAGUGCUAAGCAGCGUUAGGUCAACAAGGAAGAGCCCGUGGACGGACCACGGCACCGGCCGCCGCCAUCGCCACGGGGAGUCGGGGCCCGAGAGGGAGCCUGCCGGGCCCUCGGCUUGAUGCACCCUGCCCGCGUCGCCUCAGCCGCAGUCCGAGAUGGGGGAGACCAAAAUUAUCUACCACCUGGACGACCAAGAGACGCCGUAUCUGGUGAAGCUGUCGGUACCGGCGGACAAAGUCACUCUGGCGGACUUCAAGAACGUCCUCAAGAAGCCGAAUUACAAAUUCUUCUUCAAAUCCAUGGACGAUGACUUCGGGGUGGUAAAGGAGGAAAUAUCUGACGACAACGCUAAACUGCCCUGUUUUAAUGGACGCGUGGUGUCAUGGUUGGUCUCUGGAGACGGGGCCCACACAGACGCAAGUUCCGUGGCGGACAGCAUAGAUGCGGCUCUGCCUUUGGAGAGGACGGGGGGCAUCGGAGACUCGAGACCACCCUCCUAUCAUGGUAUCGCGGCAAGUGGUCGAGACAGUCUGGACAACGAGACAGAGACCGGCUCCAUGGUGUCGCAGAGGAGAGAGCGGGACAGGCCGCGGCGGAAACACACCAACGAACACGGUGGAAGACAGAAUGGACACCCGGGGCGUUCGAUUGGACGCGGCGGCCCCGAAUACGACAGCUGCUCGUCCUUCAUGAGCAGCGAGCUGGAGUCUACUUCCUGUUAUGAUUCAGAAGAUGAUGACGCAACCAGCAGAUUUAGCAGCUCCACUGAGCAGAGCUCCUCUCGUCUAAUGAGACGACACCGCCGUCGCCGACGGAAACCCAAGGCCUCCAACAUCGACAGGUCUUCUUCAUUCAGCAGCAUCACAGACUCCACCAUGUCUCUGAACAUCAUCACUGUCACUCUCAACAUGGAGAAGUACAACUUUUUGGGCAUCAGCAUUGUGGGCCAGAGUAAUGAGAGGGGAGAUGGAGGAAUCUACAUUGGCUCCAUCAUGAAGGGAGGAGCUGUGGCUGCAGAUGGACGUAUAGAGCCUGGGGACAUGCUGCUGCAGGUGAAUGACAUCAACUUUGAGAACAUGAGCAACGACGAUGCCGUUCGAGUGCUGAGGGACAUUGUGCACAAGCCCGGUCCCAUUACUCUGACUGUGGCCAAGUGCUGGGACCCAAACCCUCGGAGUUGCUUUGCUCUGCCAAGGAGUGAGCCAAUCCGGCCCAUUGACCCGGCCGCGUGGGUGUCCCACACGGCGGCCAUGACCGGGGUGUACCCCGCAUAUGGCAUGAGCCCUUCUAUGAGCACCGUCACCUCCACCAGCUCCUCCAUCAGCAGCUCGAUCCCUGAGACUGAACGAUUCGAUGACUUUCACCUCUCCAUCCACAGCGACAUGGCAACGGUUGCUAAGGCCAUGGCCUGUCCAGAGUCCGGUCUGGAGGUGCGGGACAGGAUGUGGCUCAAGAUUACCAUUGCGAAUGCCUUCAUCGGUUCGGAUGUGGUGGACUGGCUCUUCCAUCACGUGGAGGGGUUCUCAGAUCGCCGAGAAGCCCGAAAAUAUGCCAGCAACCUGCUGAAGGCCGGCUUCAUACGACACACCGUCAAUAAGAUCACCUUCUCUGAGCAGUGCUACUACGUCUUCGGAGACCUGUGUGGCAACAUGACCCAUCUGUCUCUCCAUGAACACGACGGCUCCAGCGGCGGGGCUUCAGAUCAGGACACUGUCCCCCCUCUGCCUCACCCGGGUGCCGCCCCCUGGCCCAUAACUCUGCCCUACCAGUUCCCCGUUCUACACCCGUACGACAUGCAACAGCCCGGCCACGGUGGACCGGGCGCCGGCAGCGCAGGAAGCCAGAACAGCGGAAGCAGCGGCUCGAACUGCAGUAAAAACGAGGGUCGGAAGUCCGGCGGCAGCGGCAGCGAACCCGAGAUCAGGAGCCACCGAGCUCCGAGUGAGCGCUCAGCGGCUCCCCCUAGUGAGCGGAGCGUCCGCAGCUCCGUCAGCCACCGCAGCGCCCACUCCCACUCGAUAGCCUUCGGCCCGGGGCUGGUCUACGGCCCCCCCGGCCUGCCCCCCCAGCCCCCACUGUCGACGGCCGCACCCGGUGCCCCGCCGGGCCGGGAGCUCGCCUCCGUGCCCCCCGAGCUCACUGCGUCGCGGCAGUCACUGCGCAUGGCGGUGGGCAACGCCGGAGAGUUCUUCGUCGACGUGAUGUAACGCGGGUAGUGGGCCGAUGAGCAAGCAGCAGAUCGGGCUUCAUUGUGUCGCUGUGAAUCUGAGAAGGACGGCAUGGCAGGACCCGGGAGGGUGGGGGGGUGGCAUGAUAGCAAAAACCCAAGGCCUUGGUUCCGCUCUCCUAAAAGCAGAAGUGGAACCAACCAUGUUGUGUAUGUUGGGAGAAAAUGUUCCUCCUUCCUUGUGCUUUUCCUUCCUGGUAGUAUUAGCGGCCAUACUUUCUUCAGUGAAGAACUCCUCCCCGCUCGAGAUGGAACCAAAGCUCCUUUCUCAGUUUUCUCCGUCAGGAAGAGUUUGCGUAAGGACAAAGAGUGAGAGAGGGAGCGAGGCGCCGUGAGCAGACGACGGAGGAUAAUGACGCAGUGCUUUUCCACGUAGCUGCUUUUCAUUUGCGCUUCUCUUCACUCUCCCUUCCUCUCUACCUCCAUUAUCCUGACAUUCUGUGUCCUCCCCUUCUGCUGUCGCAUCAAAACUGAGCGCAAGAAGCCUCUUCUUCCUUCCUCGUGUGCUUUCAGCUCCAACUCACUGACCUCUUAACCAUAGCAACAACCAACCUGAAAAAAUUACUAACUGUUAACCGUAUUCAGACUUUUUAAACGUUUGCUCGAUUUAAGAGAAAUGGGAAAAAUGUGUAUGUAGUGCAAGAGAGCCACAGUCCGUCUUACUGUAAGAAUGCAUUUGAUUUAUUAUAUACGUAGUUGGUCUCAACUAGUUUCAUUUUUAAACACUAAACAUGAGCAUCCAGCUUCAAGAGUCAUUUUUACACUAAACUGAAUUUUCAUCUUCUAACCAGAGCAUUUUCAGACUCUGUCUUGUGAUAAUGUGUAGUGGGAAGAAGUUCUUAUGUCUUUCACACUACUCUUUUAUCAAGGAAAAAUGUCUUUUUAUUUAUAAAUAUAGUUUUAUGACUUAACGCUG